CCAUUUUCCCCAAAAAUGGCAAAGAGGCUCCACAUCGACGCCAUCCAGACGGCGCCACCAGGGAAGGUGACGCCGCCCGACCAAGCCCGGUCCGUCUUCAUCUCCGUUCCCCCCGCCACCGUCGCAGUGAUAGCGCAGACCCGGUUCCAAGUGGUGAUGUACUACAACCCGGCAGGGACGGAAGAGUCCCCGUUGACGGUGGCGGCGCGGGUGAAGGAGUCUCUGAGCGCGGCGCUGCAGGAGCGCCCGGUUCUAUCCGGCCGGCUCCGGAAGAAGGAGGCAGAAUCGGCCGGAGGUGGCCGGUGGGAGGUCAAGUUCAACGACGCCGGAGUGCGGCUGGUGCACGCGACGGCGGAGGUGACCAUGGCCGACGUCAUUGGGUCAAAGGAGGCCCAUGAAGUGCAGGCCCAUUUGGCCUACUGGGACGACGUAAACAUGGACCGUCCAGAUUUUUCCGCGCUUUUUUAUAUUCAGGUGACCCAAUUCGAAGGAGAUGGCUACUCCAUCGGUGUGAGUUGCAGUCUCCUCUUGGCUGACCCCUUCUUCCUCAUUAAAUUCCUCGUGUCAUGGGCUGAAAUCCACACCCAAAUGCUGACACCGGCAACCCUCCUCAAAUCCUCCAUGUUCCACUUGAGCUACUUCCAACGACCCGACCGCCCCAACCGUCUCAGGUCGAUUGAACUCGCACUCUCAGACACUAACCGCCAUCCCUCCUCCUCCAACCCUUACGCCACCAUGUUGUUCGAGGUUCGUCAGCGAGACAGUUCGCAGUCGUACGACGCAAUGGCAAUCGCUUGCCUCCGAGAGGCUACCGCUAGGCUCAAGGCGAGGCCUGUUUCGGAGUUCGUGCUCAUCGUCAGUCACCAUGUCGGCGACUUGACGGUCAAGACCCUGGCGAACUCAAGCUCGACGACGACAGUGCAGUCCGACGACGUGGAAUGUGACGUGGCUUGGUGGGACCAGUUUGGAAUGGAGGAAUUGAGUCUGGCUCCGGGUAAUAAGCCUGUGCACGUGUCGAGUCAGAUUAUCUUCGAUGGGAAUGAUGACGGGCUCGUGGUGAUCAUGAUACCUGAAUCCGAAACUCGACUCUUGAUCAGUGUCACACUGCCAAAUGUGUAAUUAAUUAUUCAAUGUUUGUCUGUGUAGUCUUAAUUUGCCUUCGAAAUAUGUGAAGAUCAUAUUUUGUAUUAUGUUUCGUUAUAUAUAACUAUCCAUAUUAAAUAGGCCAUUGAAUAAUAAU